AACCCCACUGCCAUAAUGCUUUCCUGGACUGAACUUCCAUACCAGCAGAGGAAUGGAAUCAUUCGUUACUAUGAAGUGAGGGUGUGUCAGAUUGAACCGGAGGGACAGUGCGAGGAGCACAAUGCAACUGCAAUAACCUUGGAGUUAUCCCUACACCCACACUAUAGGGCAUUCUAUUGCUUUGGAAGAGAAGGCGAGGUUAGGUUAGCAGAUGGACCCAGCUCCAGAGAGGGUAGAGUGGAUAUUUGUGUGGAUGGAAUCUGGUUUACUCCAUGUCAAGAUUCCUGGGGGAUUGAAGAGACUCGAGUGGUGUGUCGAGAACUGGGGUUUUGUCAGCAAGGAGGAAGCUUAGUAACAGGUCAGAGCUAUCAGGACUAUAUUCCAGGAGGUAUCAAUAAAGUCAACUGCACUGGAGAUGAAGCUACACUGAGGGGGUGUUCUGUGACAAGUAACUGUGGCAGCGGCGUUGGGGCCGGAGUGUCUUGUUAUUCAACUCCUAACAGGCCAACAAAUGUGGAGAUCACUGGCAUUAACUCGUCCUCCAUUCAAGUUUCUUGGUUACCCCCAGACAUGAGCAACUGCACUGAUGUUAAUGAGUACAGAAUUACGUGCCAUGACUAUUUUUUUUGCGGUUAUUAUUAUUUAAUGGAAGAGAUUCCACGUUAUUCAUUGAAUGUGAUGUUCCACGAUCGCAAUGGUUAUAACUCCUUUGAAUCGUGCCCUUUCUAUUGCUGUGUAUCAGGCAAUAACAAUGCUGGAGAAGGUCUUCAAAACUGUGUGUAUGGACCUAUCCCCGCCCCUCCAAGAAACGUGACAGUCCAGCCAUCACAAACGUCACUGCUAAUUGAGUGGAUGGAGCCAGAGCAAGUCUAUGGGGAGUUCGAUGCUUAUUAUGUGGUGUGUGGGACACAGGGUGCAUAUACGCACAGCAUCACAGAAACAGCUAUUAACAUUACUGGACUGAGUGUGUUCACGAGAUACGAAUGCUGUGUCACAAUGAAUGUUUACUAUUCUAUCGUUCGCAGUACCCCAAAUUGUGCUAACGCCACCACCGCUCCAGAUAUCCCAACUGUCCCAUUGGCUGUCAACAUCACUGAGCUCACGUUUAAGUCCAUCCAACUGGAGUGGUCCAGACCACAACCCAUCAAUGGCAUCAUCUCACACUACACCAUAACAUGCCUGCAAGCUAAUGGAACUAUUGUGAGCUUGAAUACCACUGCUGAUGGACUAGAGACUGUGAGCAACCUCCAACCUCUGACCAACUACACUUGCUGCAUCUCUGCUACUAAUCAAGUUGGCGAAGGAAAUGACACUUGUGUGGAUGCAAGGACAAAGCGAGGUCCUCCUACUGAACCACAAGAAGUUGCUACAGUUUCGGCCUACACUAACGGCAUCACGCUGACUUGGACAGAGCCAGCUAAAAGCUAUGGACAAGCUAUCCUGUUCUACAGUAUUAACUGUACAUCAGCACACCACAAUGCAGAGAUACAACGAGCAUACAAUACCUCUGUGAAUGUGUCUGGUCUUAUUGCCAACACCAACUACACUUGCUGUGUUUCAGCAGAGAAUUCCGUGGGCGUUGGACUACAUCGAUGUAUCGUUGUCAUGACAACUAUAAACACUGAACAACAACCACCAUCUGACAACAGCCAAGGCAACCUGGUGACAAUUGUAUCUGCUGGAACACUAGUAGCAGUGUUGCUACUUCUGGGAAUUGUGAUAACAUGCAUAACCUGUUGCUGUUGUUACACGAGGAAAAUGAACAAACAAGUGACUCUUAAAAGUUCUCAAAGGGGAUACUAUUGCUUUGGAAGAGAAGGAGAAGUUAGGUUAGCAGAUGGACCCAGCUCCAGAGAGGGGAGAGUGGACAUUUGUGUGAAUAGACGCUGGUACACUCCAUGUCAAGACAACUGGGAGAUUGAAGAGACUCGAGUGGUGUGUCGAGAGCUGGGGUUUUGUCAGCAAGGAGGAAGCUUAGUAACAGGUCAGAGCUAUCAGCGCUAUAUUCCAUGGGAUGUCAAUGAAGUCAACUGCACUGGAGAUGAAGCUACACUGAGCAACUGUUCUGUGAUCUACCCGUCAAGUAACUGUGAUACUUUCGUGGGGGCCGGAGUGUCUUGUUAUUCAAUUCCAAACAUCCCAACAAAUGUGGAGAUCACUGGCGUUAAUCUUAAUCCGUACUCCAUUCAAGUGACCUGGUCACCUCCAGACAUGAGCAACUGCACUGAUGUGGAUAGAUACAGAAUUGUCUGUUAUGAUCAUUGCUUUUUCUACCUCACGGAAAUAAUAGUUCACUCUUUAAAUGCAACAAUACAAUACACUUCUAAGUAUGGUAUUUUCGAUUCGUGCACCUUUUCUUGCUGUGUUUCGGGCAACAACAAUGCUGGACAAGGUCCUCAAAACUGUGUGGAGGGACCUAUCCCCACCCCUCCACGAAAUUUGACAGUCCAGCCGUCACAAACGACACUGCUGAUUGAGUGGAUGGAGCCAGAGCAAGUCUAUGGGGAGUUCGAUACUUAUUAUGUGGUGUGUGGGACACAGGGUGCAUAUACGCACAGCAUCACAGAAACAGCUGUUAACAUUACUGGACUGAGUGUGUUCACGAGAUACGAAUGCUGUGUCACAAUGAAUGUCUACUUUCUUAAUAGUAUCCCAAAUUGUCUGAAUGUCACUACUGCUCCAGAUCUCCCUACUACCCCUCUAGCUGUCAACAUCACUGGCAUCACAUAUAAGUCCAUCCAACUGGAGUGGUCUCGACCACAACCUAUCAAUGGCAUCAUCUCCUACUACACCACAACAUGCCUGCAAUUAGCUGAUGGAACUAUUAUGAGCUUGAAUACCACUGCUGAUGGACUAGAUACUGUGAGCAACCUCCGAGAAUUGACCAACUACACUUGCUGCAUCUCUGCCACUAAUCAAGUUGGCAAAGGAAAUGACACUUGUGUGGAUGCAAGGACAGAGCGAGGUUCUCCUACUGAACCGCAAGAAUUAGUUGCCAUAGUUUUGGUCUAUUAUGCUAACGGUAUCACACUGACUUGGACAGAGCCAGCUGAGAGAUAUGGACAAGCUAUCUUGUUCUACAGUAUCAACUGUACAUCAGCACACCACGAUGCAGAGAUACAACAAGCAUACACUACCUCUGUGACUGUGUAUGGUCUUAUUGCCAACACCAACUACACUUGCUGUGUUUCAGCAAGGAAUUCAGUGGGCGUUGGACUACAUCGAUGCAUCAUUGUCAUGACAGCCAUAGGACAACCACCAGCACAAACUGGCAGUAACCUCGUGACAGCUGUGUCUGCUGGAGCACUGCUAGCAGUGUUGUUACUUCUGUGUAUUGUGAUAACAUGCAUUUCCUGUUGUUGUUGUUACAAGAGGAGAACGAGCAAACAAGUGACUCUUCAAGGUCAACAAAGCACUGCAGAUCCUGUGUACGAUGUUCCUGAAGAUAUAGAGCUCAAAGAGAAAGGCAGUAGUACAUUGAGAAGUGGUCGACAAAACAACGAUACAUCACGCAGACACGUGUACAAAGAAGAGGUGGAGCUAAGAUAUGAGAAACCAGUGCUUGCUUCGAGUGGAGGGACUGCAACGAACAAAAAACAGAGAGAGAAGAAGCCAAUGAUGCUGAUAGCUAGUCCAUCCAUCACUCAACCUGGCCAGCAAAGCAGUGAGAAGAUCUACCAGCCAUUGAUCCCUCCCAAGACUUACAAAGAACAAGAAGUCUCAGCCUACCAAGACCUGGCCUUUGAGACAAGAGACGCUGGAACAGACAUGGCUAAUAAUUCAGAGGGACAGUACGAGCCAAUCAAGAAGAAUGAUGAGGACGAUCAGUACGAGCCCCUGUCGUUUGGAGGGGGUGGGGCAUCUCAGGAGGGGGCGUACCAACCACUGAGCUUCCAGAGGGAGGACGACAACACUUACGAAACUAUUCAAACCACCACCACUCGUACAUGAGAAAUGAACUAUGACUUUUGUUGGCUAUAAUAAUAAUUAUUAUUACUAUAUGAAUAUUUUUUCUGUGUGUGUGUGUUGCAUAUGCUUGAGUGGUGUUUUUUUUGUACACUCUUUUAUUGUUCCACAUGCGUUGGUUUGCUGUAUUUUGAUUGCCACAACUGUAAACCAAUAAGAUCACAAACUGCCAUGAUGUCAGUGAACUUUUAUAAUGUGACUGUCUGUAUUAUAAUUAUGUGCUUUAUUGA